AUGGGAGCAAAUGUGUUUGUGAGUAGUGCACUUAUACAUAUGUAUGCCACUUGCUUAUGCAUCAAAGAGGCUGAAAUGAUAUUCAAUCAAAUGGUUAAUAAAGAUAUUGUGUCUCAUAAUGUAAUGAUAUCAGCAUAUUUUGAGAAUGGAGAACCCGAAAAAGCAGUAUCCAUGUUCAAAAAGAUGAAAGAAAAUCAUUCCAAGUUAAAUUACGCAUCAUGGAAUUCCAUUCUCUCUGGAUGCUUUCAAUCUGGACAAACACAAGAAGCAUUAAACUUACUUUCAGAAAUGCAAGAAUCAGGAUUCAAACCCAAUCAGAUUACAUUGACUUCUGUGUUGACUGCAUGUACAAAUUCAGAAAGCUUGAGGGGAGGUAAGGAGAUUCAUGGUUACAUCUUUAGACACUGUUUCUUGAAUGACACAACUGCCUUAACAGCUCUUAUCUUCAUGUAUGCUAAAUGUGGCAAAUUUAAAUUCUCUCAAAAAGCAUUUGAGAUGAUGAAUACAAGAGACACGAUUGCUUGGAACACAAUGAUUAUAGCAAACUCAAUGCAUGGAAAUGGAGAAGAAGCAUUAACUCUCUUUACUCAAAUGUUAAAAUCUGGUGUGAAACCGAAUGCGAUUACUUUCACAGGUGUUCUUUCUGGUUGUAGCCACUCAAAGUUAGUAGAUGAGGGUCUUUCUGUUUUCAACUCAAUGAGUAAAGUUCAUUUGAUUGAACCAGAUGCUGAACACCAUUCAUGUGUUGUAGAUGUUUUGAGUCGUUCAGGUAGGUUAGAAGAGGCGUAUAAAUUCAUACAAAAUAUGUCAAUAAAACCAACUCCUUCUGCUUGGGGAGCUUUACUUGGUGGAUGUAGAGUGUAUAAAAAUGUCGAUUUAGCACGAAUUGUAGCAAAAAAACUAUUUGAGAUUGAACCAAACAACCCCGGGAAUUAUGUUUUGUUAUCUAACAUUCUUGUGAAUGCUAAACUAUGGGGAGAAGCUUCAGAAACUAGGAAAGUAAUGAGGGAUAAAGGAAUGAAGAAAGAACCAGGUUGUAGUUGGGUACAAGUUAAGAACAAGGUGCAUACUUUUGUGGUUGGAGACAAGAGGAAUGAACAUAGUGAUGAUAUUUAUAAGUUCUUGAGUGAUAUGGGUGAUAAAAUGAGGCAAGCUGGAUACUUGCCUGACACAGAGUUUGUUCUUCAAGAUCUUGAUGGGGAGGAGAAAGAGGACACGUUGUGUAAUCAUAGUGAGAAACUUGCUGUUGCGUUUGGGAUUAUGAAUUUGAAAGGUGAAUCGGAGAUUACAGUGUUCAAGAAUUUGAGAAUUUGUGGGGAUUGUCAUAAUGCUAUAAAGUUUAUGGCGAAAAUUGUUGGGGUGAGAAUAGUUGUGAGAGAUUCUUUGAGGUUUCAUCAUUUUAGAGAUGGGUUUUGUUCAUGUAAUGAUUUUUGGUGA